AAGGGGGCGGGGGGAUUCACUUCCGGGACGGUGUUCCGGCCCAUUCCGGCCCGUUGCCACCCCCGGAGGGUUGAACUCCUGAACCACCGGGCCCAGCCAUGGAGAAAGGUGGAAAUAUACAACUGGAGAUCCCCGACUUCAGCAACUCGGUCCUGAGCCACCUCAACCAGCUGCGCAUGCAGGGCCGCCUCUGCGACAUCGUGGUCAAUGUGCAAGGACAGGCCUUCCGGGCUCACAAAGUGGUGCUGGCCGCCAGCUCCCCCUACUUCCGGGACCACAUGUCCUUGAACGAGAUGAGCACCGUCUCCAUUUCGGUCAUCAAGAACCCCACGGUUUUCGAGCAGCUCCUGUCCUUCUGUUACACCGGGCGCAUCUGUCUGCAGCUAGCCGAUAUCAUCAGCUACCUGACGGCGGCCAGCUUCCUGCAGAUGCAGCACAUCAUAGACAAGUGCACGCAGAUCCUGGAGGGCAUUCACUUUAAAAUUAACGUGGCGGAGGUGGAAGCGGAGUUGGGCCAGACGAGGACAAAGCAUCAGGAGAGACCCCCGGAGUCUCACAGGGUGACACCGAACCUAAACCGCUCCCUCAGCCCCCGCCACAACACGCCAAAGGCGAGCCGGAGGGGCCAGGUGAGCACAGUGUUGGACAUCCGGGAGCUCAGUCCCCCUGAGGAGUCCACCAGCCCCCAGAUAAUCGAGCAGAGCUCCGACGCGGAGGGCAGGGAGCCCAUCCUGCGGAUUAACCGAGCGGGACAGUGGUACGUGGAGACCGGGGUGCCGGAUCGCGGGGGCCGGAGCGACGACGAGGUCCGCGUUCUGGGAGGGGUGCGGAUCAAAACGGAGAACUUGGAAGAGUGGCUCGGGACUGAGAAUCAGCCCUCGGGGGAAGACGGGAGCAGCGCCGAGGAGGUCACGGCCAUGGUCAUCGACACGACGGCCCACGGUUCAGUGGGUCAGGAGAGUUACCCUCUGGGGUCUUCGGGAGCCAAGGUGGCCCGGCCAACGAGCAGUGAAAUCGACAGAUUUAGCCCUUCCGGCAGUGUUGUCACCCUGACCGAUCGACACCGAGCCAGAAGUGAGUCUCCCGGGAGGAUGGAUGAGCCCAAGCAACCCAACUCUCAGGUGGAGGAGUCGGCGAUGAUCGGCGUGAGCGGCUACGUGGAGUACCUGCGGGAGCAGGAAGUGUCCGAGCGGUGGUUCCGCUACAACCCCCGCCUCACCUGCAUCUACUGCGCCAAGUCCUUCAACCAGAAGGGCAGCCUGGACCGCCACAUGCGCCUGCACAUGGGGAUCACGCCGUUCGUGUGCCGCAUGUGCGGCAAGAAGUACACACGCAAGGAUCAGCUGGAGUACCACAUCCGCAAGCAUACGGGCAACAAGCCCUUUCACUGCCACGUGUGCGGCAAGAGCUUCCCCUUUCAGGCCAUCCUGAACCAGCACUUUCGCAAAAACCACCCCGGCUGCCUGCCCCUGGAGGGCCCACACAGCAUCUCGCCCGAGACCACCGUCACAUCCCGGGGCCAGGCAGAGGAAGAGUCGCCCCCGCAGGAAGAGACGGUGGCGCCGGGGGAGGCGGUCCAGGGCUCCGUGUCCACCACCGGGCCGGACUGAGCCGCGGCGGCGGAGGGGGAGGAACCUCUUCCCCUUUGGGCGGUCAGCAGCUGGCACUGGGGUCGCGGGCUGGUACUGCGUUUCACAAGAUGCCACACCUCCGGACCGGACAAAACCCCCCAAGAUGUUGCCAAAACCGAGAAUGAACACCACCUGCUCCCCACAGCACUAAACGCCGUUCCCCUCGCCCGCCUCCCCUCCCACCCUCACCUCGGCGAGUAGUCGGCAAGCAAGUCAGCCUUCUGAUUCAGGGAUCAACAGCUUUGGUUUUUACUUUUUUGAAAACGACGCUUUUUCUAGAGAACAAUUCAGGAUCGACUGUCAUUUUGUAACCAGUCACGUUUCCAGUCCGGCCCACCCACCGGUCCACGUUACCUCGGGGGCCGCCGGCUGGGCCGAGGAGCAAUAGCACUCAGGCUUUUUCCGUCCUAACCAGCCGCCGGAGGGGAGGAGGAGCAGGUGAAA